UGAAGAGCAAAAUGUAUAUAAACAGUCCCAACAGCUGUAUGACAUCCAUCUAAGGAGAAGAACUCUCUAUAGAAGUAAGACUCUCGGAAGAAGCACCAACGUAAACAAGAUGAAGCUCUGCAUCCUGCUCAUGCUUGGGACCCUGCUUGUCCUCGUUUAUGGAAUGCCGCCGAUCAGCAGGGACUACAACACACACUGUCGCUGCCUUCAGGUGGAGUCGAGGAUCAUCCCUCCGAACAACCUGAAGAGCAUCAAGCUCGUCCCUGAAGGGCCCCACUGCCCAGAUAUGGAAGUCAUAGCUGGACUCUCAAACGGGGAGAAGGUGUGCCUGAACCCUCGGUCCUCCUGGGUGAAGAAACUCGUCAACUUUGUUCUGGAGAAGCAGCAGGGAGGAGCACUUCCCAAGAAUCAGGGACAAUAACACAGCACAAAUUGAAAACAUGCUGCAGUUAAAGCUGCUUGAAAUAACGUGAUUCUGCAAAUAUGAGCCAUGCUGUUGUACUUCAAUGAAUAACAACAUUGAACCCAGAUUGUUAAACUUAAAUAACCUCUUAUUGUUGACAUUGUUAUUUCUGAAUUUGUUUUAUUUGCCAAA